ACUGCAGAGCCCCGCUGCCCGUCGCUUCAGCCUCCAGAAGCGAGCAGCGGGCACGCACCGGAGCCGUCAGUGCCGCGUGGGGUGUGGGCCGCUGCCGCGCUCAGCACCCGCGCUCCCCGCAGCCAUGGGCGCCUCGGCCUCCAGCCAGCUGGACGAGGGCAAGUGCACCUACAUCCGAGGGAAAACUGAGGCUGCUAUCAAAAACUUCAGUCCCUUCUACGUUCGCCAGUACUCCGUGGCUUUCUGUGAUCACGUGCGCAGUGAAGUGGAACAGCAAAGAGAUGUGACAUCACAGCUUUUGAAGACCAAGCCACCAUUGGAUCCUGGCACUGUUUUGUAUGAAGCAGAACUAUCACAGUUUGCUGAAGAUGUAAAGAAAUGGAAGGAGAGAUAUGUUGUGGUUAAAAAUGAUUUUGCCGUGGAGAGCUAUGAGAACAAAGAGGCCUAUCAGAGAGGAGCUGCUCCUAAAAGCCGAAUUCUUCCAGCAGGUGGCAAAGUGUUAACCUCAGAAGAGGAAUACAAUUUAUUAUCUGAUCGGCAUUUCCCAGACCCUCUUGCAUCCAAUGAGAAGGAGAACGUCCAGCCCUUCGUGGUCCUGCCGAAGGAAUUCCCAGUGUACCUGUGGCUGCCCUUCCUCAGACAUGGCUACUUCUGCUUCCACGAGGCCACCGACCAGAAGAAGUUCAGCGCUCUCCUGAACGACUGCGUCAGACAUCUGAACCAUGAUUACGUGAAGCAGACAACGUUCGAAGCCCAAGCCUUUUUAGAAGCUGUGCAGUUCUUCCGACAGGAGAAAGGUCACUACGGCUCAUGGGAGAUGAUGACCGGGGAUGAAACGCAGAUCCUGAGUCACCUGGUGAUGGAGGAGCUGCUGCCAACCCUUCAGACAGACCUUCUGCCUAAAAUGAAGGGGAAGAAGAAUGACAGGAAGAGGGCCUGGCUCGGCCUCCUGGAGGAGGCCUACAACCUGGUUCAGCAGCAGGUCUCAGAGGGAUUAAGUGCCUUGAAGGAGGAAUGCAGAGCAAUGACGAAGGGCCUGGAAGGAACCAUCCGUUCAGACAUGGAUCAGAUUGUGAACUCAAAGGACUUUGUAACUGGGAAGAUCAAAGCGAUAGUGGCCCAGCCGGCAGAGAAGAGCUGUGCGGAGAGCGUGCAACCGUUCCUGGCGUCCAUUCUGGAGGAGCUCAUGGGGCCCGUGAGCUCAGGAUUCAGUGAAGUCCGCUCACUCUUUGAAAAAGAAGUGGAUGAACUGAGCCAGAACUUUCAGACCAGCAAAGAUGGAGCCCAGCUGAAGGAGCAUCUGGAUCGGCUUAUGAAUCUUCCACUGGAUUCCGUGAAGAUGGAACCUUGUUAUGUUCAAGUCAACCUGCUUCAGGAGCGCUUGCAGGACCUCAAGAGCCGCUUCAGAUUCCCGCACGUGGAUCUGGUGGUGCAGUGGACACAGAACUAUAUGCAAGAGCUCAUGGGGAAUGCAGUGUUCACCUUUGGGCAGCUGCUUUCCCCACAUCUCGGGGGAGAGGCCUCCAAGACAGCAGUCGCCAUUGAGAAGGUGAAGCUCCGAGUCUUAAAGCAAUACGAUUACGACAGCAGCACCAUCCGGAAGAGGAUAUUUCAAGAGGCACUGGUUCAAAUCACACUCCCCACCGUGCAGAAGGCCCUGGCGUCCACGUGCAAACCAGAACUUCAGAAAUACGAGCAGUUCAUCUUUGCAGAUCACACCAGCAUGAUCCAUGUCGAAAACGUGUACGAGGAGAUUUUACAUCAGAUCCUUCUGGAUGAAACUCUGAAAGUGAUAAAGGAAGCUGCUGUCCUGAAGAAACACAACUUAUUCGAAGACAACAUGGCCUUGCCCAGUGAAAGCGUGUCCAGCUUAACAGAUCUAAAAACCCCCGCAGGGUCAAACCAGGCCAGCCCUGCCAGGAGAGCCUCCGCCGUUCUGCCAGGAGCCACCGACGGCGAGACUGCCAGCAACGAAGUAUUCCAGGAAUCAGGGGAAACGAAGCCACCUGGGGUCCCUAGUCCGCUGGCCCAAGAAGGAAGCCUUUCCUUCCCAGGUGGGGACGGCCAGGUGAUCACUUCCAGCAUGGGUGACCCUGUCGUGAAUCCUGUGGCUGCAGAGGAUGCGACAGGAGCUCAGGGCACACACCCACCAGAGCUGGAGUUUGGAGGGACUCCCGAGGACAGAGAACCUGCCCACCAAAAGCCAGAAUCCCUCGCUGCCUCAGGCUCCUUGAAGGAGCUCCGAAAUCUGUUGUCGGUGACCGUUGAAGUGCCAGUGGAGUCUGCCGCCCUUGAGAUCGAGAAAGAUGCGCAUCGGGAGACCCUCGUUCCCCAGGAAAUUGAAAAAGAAGAGGAAGCAACCCCAGGCCGCACAGAGGCCAGUCCAACAGCUGCCUCCAGUCAGGACAGCUGUGAGGAUGGCGGAGUCAGGGAGGGGGAGGCCCGUCCUCCUGCUGCGGCGGAGGCCGAGGCUGAGGCCGGUGGGGCGGAGCUGCGGGGCUGCACGGGGGCUCUGCCAGCCUGCGGGGGGCUCAGCCCGGGCGCCAGCGGCCCAGACCCCACAGAGGAGCACGCGCAGGCUGGGGAGCCCCACAGGGGGGAGCCCCCAGGCAGUCCCUCCACACCGGAGGCCCAGGAAGGAGGUGUGGCCAUGCCCCAAGGAGGUUGCACUGUAAGUCCUGACACCAGCGGCCCCAGGGCGGGCCAGGCCGAUGCGGAAGAGGAAGAGGUGGGAGGAAAGGACAGCACGGCCCCGGCCACCGCCUGCGCGGAUGCAGAGGCGGUGCAGGGUGCCUGUGGUCACCAGUGUCAGUGGGUGGUCGAGAAUGCUCCAAACGCCGACAUCCCAGGCCUAGAGAAGGAGGAGGAGCGGGAGAGUCCCCUAGAGCAGCCCUCAGAGGAGUGAAAGGGAGAACUCGGCAGAAGUAUUUCUUUGAACAAACUCAGCCAAUGAGUUAGUAAUGGGUACACUUAGGGGGUGCAUGCGUGUUGUUACCAAAAAAAAAAAAAAUUAUUAAGUGCUUCCUUAAUUUGUAUUGAAAUCAGAUGGACUGCAGAGAGGGCGUGAGCACUGAAGCAGGCCUUUGUGGAAUUGAGCUGUUCCACCACGAAUUCUUGCUUUAGCUUUUUAAUCAGAACCACAAAGGUAAUGUAGUGUUCAGGGUGAGAGAUAGCUGAGGGUGUCCAAGGGUGGGACUGGGUGUCGCAUUGAAGAUGGAGAAACGGUAGGAGCACAGUUUUCGAUACACUCUGCACAUCUUCUUUUAAUUCACUUUAAGGCUUUUCAGUUCUUCGUAGGAAUGCAGACACGGGCUGCAGAGCCAGCUUCCCCAUCUACGCUACCAACUUCACAGUCCCUUAAGGACGCAGCCUUUGCCCACGGCCUGGCUGCCGGAAGGUGACAGUGGCGAACACCACCAGUCCCCUGGGUGUGCGGCCCCACAAGGCCCAGGCCAGGGCACGGGAAGCGGAGCAGAAACCGAGGAUGGCUGUGGUCUGCGCGGCUGUCUGGGUCUGUUACUAAUUCUGCUCUCCGCAUCUUGUUAAUUAAUCUUGUGAAUUCUUUUUCAUUAAUCACCUUUUGGGGAAAUUCAAGUGAGGCAAGAAAAUUUCCCUAGCAUGUUGAAGCGUUCCAAAUUAGCCUUAGACUGUGCAGAGAAAGAGCUUAGCUAAAUGAUGGGGCGUAAAGCCUACCCAUUAAACAAAUGUUAUUGAAACAGCUACUUCUUUGCCACACACUGUGUUAAGCAGAGGAAGAAGGAAGAGGAGGAGGGGGGGGAGGACGAGGAGAAGAAGAAGAAGAACUAAGGUGUUUUGUUCAGUAUAAAUUAAAAGGCCCAAGGGAAUUUAAGAAAAUGCCAGUUUUCAAAUGAUAUGCUUUCUGUGCUGACAUGAAAGCUUCCUGUCUUUCUAUUGAAGCAGUCCUGGUUCACUCCCAGAAGGAAAUAAAGUGAAUAAAUGAAUAAAAUGAAUUAAAAAGAGAGAAGGAAAAGGGAGGGAGGGAUGGCGAGGGAGGGAGAGAGAAAGAGAGAAAGAGGGCGGAAAGCCAAGAUAUAUCCAUAUCAUCAAGCUCCGAAGAUGUUACCAAGAGUAGAGAUCACUUGUUCAGUCAUUUAGCAGGUUCAGUGAGUCUGUUACAUCCCAGGCGCUGGAGAUCCAUGAUUAAAAAAGAUCUGUUCCUUUCUCCCAGAACCUACACUUUAGCAGCAAGAGACACAAAUACAUCUUCUACGUCGACUGUUACCUAUGACUGUUCAUGUUACAGGUGGAAUGGACUUCCAAAAGAUUAAAUAGAGAAGUAUUCUAUUGUCCUUCAGAAAAUAUCAGUUUAUUUCCUAAGAGCUUCAGUCCCAGCACUACAUCUUCAAAUUUCUUUCCAUGAAUUUUAAUAUUAGAUCCCAACAUGUUGUCCUAAGAACUCAGUUUCAUCAACAAGGAAGUUUAUAAGAGCUCUUUAGAGGAUUUGUCCCAGAGUUUAACCAUUUAAGCAGGAAUUCAAAAUGGAUUUCUAGGUCAAAAAGGAUGGCAGAUAAUCAGUAUCGGUACAGUCGCCUGAUACAACUUUCCUCAGUGAGCUUAGGUCCUCACACCCAUGAAGGAUCUCCUCACAGGUGAAGAAGGUGGAGGCUACUCCUCCCUGGUCCCUGUGAUACCAGCGCUCGCUCAUGUCCUUGCACUUAGCAUGAAAUAUUGAAGUCCUCUUACUUCCCGUGUCUUCCAGGGGCUCUUCUCUUCAGGGACAGAAACUAGGGCUUAGCCAUUAGAAGUGCUUCCUGCUAGAAACACACAGCCUUGAAAAUGGCUUCCUGCCUCCUCAGGUCACUUGAACGUCCCUAGUGCCUAGCAAGGAACUGGCCUGUGCCAGGCUGCUCAGGAAACAUGAGAACCCAACACCCACCACUCUGCCGUGCUGGGGCUAUUUGGGGCUUGCUGUCAGCCAGGGAGAUGUUUUUAAAUUGGGCUUUCUGCCCUUGCAGAGCCUUCCCCUAAAUCGAGUCCAGAUGGCCACAUGGUCAGAUGCUCUGCCCAGCAAAGCAAGGAGCCAAAGGAACAGUGCCCAGCCCUGCCAAGGGCUGUCCUUCCCUCCAGGAGAAUGGUGGCGAGGCAGGAGGUGACAGCGCAGGCUGCCGCCAUGCCAAAGCUCCCAGCUUCCUCCCUUUCCGCACAUCAGGGCUUCCUGAACCCUCAGAAUGCACAGUGAUUUUUUCCAACCCAAAAAGAGAGCACAUUUCACUGCGUCGGGUGGAUGAACAUCAGUGCCCUCCCUUAACCUGUCCUGUAGGCCCGAGGGGACUGGGCACGAAGUGGGAGGACGCGCUUGAGAAUACAAAGCAUUUUUCUGUACAUGUUUCACAACAGACAAAUUCACUAGACUAUGCAGGAUGGUGGUUGCACUUGCAGAUGAAACAGGAAACUAAAGUGCAUUCAAAAUAUUCCUUAUUCAUCUUAACGUGUUGAAUGGAAUAACUUCACGUGACGGUCGGUGUGUUGCUCUUCACACGGACUUCGCUUGUGUUGCUUCGGUGGAUCCCAGGUUGGAGCGAGGUCACUGUGAUUUCAGGAAGCGGCACAGCCUCCGCAGGCUGCACCAGGGCUCUCUCUUAUGGGCAAGUCUACCAGAAAUGCGUCGGCCACGAGACUUGCUAUUUGGCAAAAAUUCCAUGACUUUAAAUGAGUUGUUACUAUUGACCUUCCACAAAUAACACUCUCCUUAAAGAAAUUAGCUUGCCAUUUUCUCCUCUGCAGCUUGGAGGUGAGACAGUAGUGCCUUGCAUUACGGAGAGUAAAUUCUCUUUUCAAAAAAAAAUUAAAAAAGCAUUUUGGAGACCGCAAGAAUGAACUUCCAGUUUGUCUAAAAGCUUUAAAAAGAGGCUGAGCAUGAAAACCUGUGGGUCGUUAGGCCUGAUCACCUACAUUUAUUAAGAUUCUCAAGUUUGGUGUUGCAACCUCCAGGUUGGAGCCAGUGAUUUCAAAGGGCGUCACAAUCCUCCCAGACAGGUGACUUUAUUUCUUUGUAAUAAGCGCUAAGUGAUAUAUGUUACAGAGCAGUUUUAACGCGGGGAAGGGGAGGGUGUCUUUGACUAAAACAGUAAUGCAAUCCAGUAGGUAGAACAUUGGCUACAUGUACCACCUUUACCAUAAACAAAUGGGUUUGGGGAUUUGCCUUCUGAAGUCUACAACCUUAAGACAAAAAAUCAGCAUUGGGGAUUCGCAUGUUUUUAGUCACUAUGUAAAGCAAAUAAACCUAAAACACUUUGUAAUCAUGCAUUUACUCUGUGAAAUUUCUAUAUCCCAAUAAAACAUUCAUCCCGGAAGAGAUGUCCAGAUGUCCUGUUUCUUGGGAAUGGGCCUGGUUUCAUCGUUUAAGCAAAUGUCAUAAGCUGAGCUGGGAAGAACAGUCCUCAGAAAUGACAAGGUGAGUCACCAUUACCACGUUAUGGAACUUUUAAUUUUCUGUCAUCAGGAAGAAAUCCACAGGGAAGUCACUUCACCUCAGAUGUAAUUAUGCUUUGAAAAACUGCAUACGCUUGUUUCUCUAGGAAUUAGAUUAUGUCUAACUACAGGAAUUGGCAAUUAUUCUUGACGUAAUUGAACUGCUGUUCAAACAAAUUUAUUUUCAGUGGGUAACAGAGUGACACAUUCAUUCUUUCUCUAAUUGUAAAUAAAACAAUAUUUACUCACCAGUGUCGA